AUGAGAGAUAAUGCUGGUAAAUGCGUAAAAAGUGAUGCAUUUAUCACAGAUGGAUUCUGUAGGUGGAAUGAUUUAAAGAGUUUUUCAGGACAUGUGGGAGGUGUUGAUAGUUUUCACAACAAUGCAGUUAUGAAGUGUGAAAAUUUGAUGAAACAAGGAUUAGCUUUCCGUGGUCAUGAUGAAUCAGAAAAUUCUGUCAAUAGAGGAAACUUUGUGGAACUCUUGAAGUACACUGCUGAUCAGAAUGAAGUUGUGAAGGUAGUUAAAAAUGUUAUUGAAGAAAUUAAUCAUGAUGUUUUCGGUUUGCUGGUGGAUGAAUCUGCUGAUGUUUCCGACAAAGAGCAAAUGGCGGUAGUGUUUCGAUUUGUUGAUAAAGGUGGGAUAGUCAAAGAGAGAUUUAUGAGUAUCACACAUGUGAGUGAGACUUCUGCAACAUCUUUGAAAUUUGCUAUUGAUGAUUUGUUUGCUAAAUAUGGAUUGAGCAUAAAAAGGGUGAGAGGACAAGGGUAUGACGGAGCAAUGGGAGCCUCAUGCAAAAGGAAAGAUAUGAUCCGAGAGAAUUACAGAAAAGAAAUUAUGGAAGAAAUUAAUAAUGGUGAAAUCAGUACAGGAACAGGAUUGAAUCAAGAGAUCUCUCUUCAAAGACCAGGGUAUACUCGUUGGAAUUCUCACUACAGAACUCUAUUGCGGGUGAUUCAGUUGUUUUCUUCUAUCAUCAAGCUUCAAGAAUUUAACGACCGCUUUAAUGAGGUGAACACUGAGUUGCUUAUUUGUGCUGCUUCUCUAUCUCCCAUCGAUGCAUUUACUGAGUUUGAUCUCUCAAAAUUGUUGAGGUUAUCUGAGUUCUAUCCAGAUGACUUCAGUUUAGGGGAGCUCAUUUCUCUUGAGCAAGAAUUAUGUAUAUACAUUGAUAAUGUUCGACAUGAUGAAAGAUUUUCUAAUUUGGAGAAUCUUGGAGACCUUGCUAGAAUGUUGGUGGAAACACGAAAACAUAUGUCAUAUCCUUUGGUUUAUAGGCUUUUGAAGUUGGUUUUGAUUCUGCAUGUUGCUACUACAACUGUUGAGAGAUGUUUUUCAGCCAUGAAGAUCGUAAAGACAUAUCGACGCAAUCGGAUUGGAGAUCAAUUUUUGAAUGAUUGUUUAGUUUGUUUUAUCGAGAAAGAUGUAUUCAAAACUAUUACAAACGAAACUGUGGUGACAAGCUUUCAGAACAUAAAAUAUCGUAGGAUGCUUUUAUAA